AUGAAUGUUCCACCACCAAUCCCUCCGCGACCUCCGGGUUAUGAGUUGAGAACACCGGCAAACCCACCUCUGCCACCGAGACCGGGUGCACAGCAACAGCAAGGACAGUACAUCCCCUCCAGUCCUCCUCCGCAAACUUUUGGUCCACGUCCUGGCCAGGGUUCUUAUGCGGGACCUCCGGGGCAGCCUAGCCAGUGGUCAGACCUUCAUUACCCUGAUGGCACACCGACGCCACUGUUUGAGCAGUUUAUGGCUGUCGUUUUCGCGCAUUUGGAUCCUCAAAAGACAGGAUACAUAUGGCCAGAAACCUUGUCAAACUUUCUUGACCUGAGCGAAUUUGAAGAGAAUGUUUGGAAAUCAAACCUCAAGGGCAACAUCAUGUACACCCCCGAGGACAUUGCCGACGCCGAGCUCAAAUGGACAUACGAGGCAUGGUCCUUUGACCACAAGGCAACAACACGAUCCCCCGGGCGGCAGCAGUUCCCCUUUGGCGGACUACCGCUCUUAUCGCUGCGCGGCUUCACCGACAUGAUGGCCUUGGAGUACGCCUCGGACCCGAUGCGCGGGCACCGCGGCCUCAAUGUCGUGCUGACCACGUACCGCAUCUGGCCGCAUCUCGGUCCCUUGCCCCGGAGCUGUCUGCCUGCAGCCAUGCCGGACCCGGUCCGUCGACGUGUUGCUGCGGCGCGCCGCACUGCCGAGGCUAACGCCCGCGAGAUCCUCGAUGCCAAUCAGGCGCGGUUGCGGAUCGAGGCCCAAGGGCGCCAGUAUGCCCUCGAACUGUUGGAUCCGCCCUAUGUCAGGAGGUACUAUUACUGA